AUGCACAGGAUGGCGGAGUCGGCACAGAUGGCAGAUUGGAUUGCGAAAGAUGGAGACUUUCAGCUGGAGCAGGAGCGACGCAGGGCUGCCAUUCGGAUCAGGGAGAAGAGGGCGAAAGCAGUCGAUUUCUUGGCUCUCAACCUUCGAUAUGUGAACCCGAUCGAUGAGGCAGAAGAUGAAGUUGGGAUCGAGGAGGCUGGCCUUGAAAUUGAUUUGGAUGAGCCGUACAAUAUCUUCGACAGCUUAUCUCCCGACCAAGUCGAUGAACUUCAUGACGAUAUCGAGAGGUACCUGCAGCUCGAACAAUCCGACGUGAAUAUUGAUUUUUGGACAAACAUGAUGGUCAUAUGCAAGGACCGAGUGGAGCGUAUCAAGGCCGAUCAACGACUUGGUGUUGAAGCUUCCGCCGCUGUAGAAUCUGAUAUCACCGCGCUACUGCAGGGCAAACCCUAUGAUCAUCUUGUCGCACUUCAGAGGCAAAUCCAGGCUAAACUCUCCAGCGGUGAACCAGUCGACACUGACUAUUGGGAGAGCUUACUCAAGAAACUUUUGGUGUGGAAAGCGAAGGCCAGACUGAAGAGCCUCCAUGAGGUUGUCGUUCGAAAUCGGCUGGAACAGCUUCGCAAACGACAACGAGAUGAAGCUCUUCAAGCUCAAGAAGAACUUCUUGAAGGCGUUGCCAACGCCGCUGCAGGUAAAGCUCAUGCGGCGGUUGUCGAACCUACAGUUGUACAAGAGUCUGUACUUGCCGAAGACGUCGAGCCCUAUGACCGCGCCAUGAGCCCAGGAUUGAUCGAUAUCACGAAAUUGCCAUAUGAGGAGAGGCAAAUUGACAUUGUUCUCGAGGCAGACGAUCGUCGAGCUCUUCUCGAACAACGUCGAGCAGUGGCUGCUUCUCGAUUCGUUCCGAAGGCCGCCCAACCUGCACCUCAAGAGGAAGAAGAUAUCGAAGCACCCAGCGGUGCGGACCUGGCUUCAGAAGCGCUCUAUAGAGCCGAAGCCGAAAAAGACAUGGAUGAAGAAGAGGAGCUCUUCAAUCUCGAAGAGAACAUCGUCAACCCGACGACAUACAAUUGGGAGGACAAGUAUCGGCCUCGAAAGCCUAGAUACUUCAAUCGCGUGCAUACGGGUUACGAGUGGAAUAAGUACAACCAAACACACUACGACACGGACAACCCGCCGCCUAAGGUCGUCCAGGGAUAUAAGUUCAACAUCUUCUACCCAGAUCUCAUCGACAAAUCGAAGGCUCCCUCCUACAAGAUCGUCAAAGAACCAGGUAACGACGACACGGUGCUACUCCACUUUACCGCUGGACCUCCAUACGAGGACAUCGCGUUCAGGAUUGUCAACCGCGAAUGGGAGUACUCUCAUAAACGGGGAUUCCGAAGCAGCUUCGAUCGCGGAUGUUUGUCGCUCUGGUUUAAUUUCCGGCGGAAUUUCUACCGAAAAUGA